AAAGCGGUUUUAAUGGGCAAAGCAUCCCUUAUGUCUGUCAAGAAGGGUGGGCCACCCAGGAACUUUCAGAAUUGGGGAGUAUCUGCCAUAACGCCUGGAGCAAUUGCGUGGAGCGCUACAAUUGCUAUUUUUCUUUUAUUGCCAGAUACAGUAUUCUCUCAAGAUGGCCAUGGCAAAAGCUCAGGGAUUCAGUAUAAAAAUCUAUUCUACAGCUUCAAGAAGAUUCUGGUGUGUUGUUGGGAUGCUCCGUAUCUCACGAAGAUUAGACAACACAUUGAGGGACAUGUCUUUGGAGCUGCGAAGCUGCCCGUUGAUGCACCCGAUGGGGAAGACUUUACUGCGCAGAUUGCCCUUGCAAUGGCUGGCUUGCAAUCCAACAACAUUGACCAUGAUUUGGAUUCUACCCCUGUG